AGCAUUGAGAAUUGAAAAAUCGUCCCACGCUACACCACUCCACAGACUCCAAUACUUCCAUCGUCUUAUUGAAAACCCCUCAGAAACCCUCCCUCGCUCCACCACUCCACUACUUCCACCGUCUUCUUCAACCAGACCAUCUUCUUCCAACUACGAACUGUUACUGUUCGAAUAGCCGCCCCCUUCUCCUCUCUUCUUUUUUUCGAUCAUGGCGGAAGGGACAGCAGCCGAGGCGGCUGUAAGCAAUCCAGAGCCGGUCGUCUCAGCCGGCGCAGACAUGGAGAUUUCCGAAUCGAACGAAGGAGGGAAGCGAGCCAGGGAGGAGCAGGAAGGUGCGAACGGCGAUGACACGAAGAAGCAGAAGUUGGAGAAGUCAGCGGAAGGAGAAAAUGAGGGAGCAGCAGCAGCAGGAGAAGAAGAAAAAGUUGGGCUAGAGUCUUCCGAGGAAGUGAUUGUCAGCUUGGGUCCGAAGAAAUUCGGAACUGCCACUCAGAUGUUUGAUUAUUUCUUCAAGUUGCUUCACGCUUGGCCAAGUAAUCUGGAUUUGAACAAGUAUGAGCACUUGGUUUUGAUGGAAUUGCUGAAGAAGGGUCAUCAAGAGUCGGAGGAAAAGAUUGGUUCUGGGGUACGAUCUUUUCAAAUUCGAGGUCACCCGAUGUGGAAGAGUCAGUGCUUCUUCCUUGUCAGGGAAGAUGAUUCUGUGGAGGAUUUCAGCUUCAGGAAGUGUGUUGACAACAUUCUUCCCUUGCCGGAGGAAUUGAAAGGACAUGGUGGUGGCGGUGGUAAAGGUCACGGAGGCAAAGGUGGUGGUGGUGGAGGAAGAGGCGGACGAGGUCGAGGCCGCGGGCGUGGGCGUGGAAAGAAGUGGUAAAUCAAGAACCAGCAAACUAAAUUUAAGGUUGGGGCUGCCUUUAAUUUUCUUGUCGCAAUGCUGGUCAGGUAGUUUGUGUUGGUAUUAACAUUAUAGGUUUCAAUUUGUAAGCUUUUGCAUGUAUUUCUCUAGAUGAACAUUAUAAUGCUAUUUACGAAAGUUGUGUUGGCUUGAAGUUGAUAUCUAUCUAUAUAUACAUAAUAUUAUGGCAAUUCAAAAUUAAAUUUUUGCCACAAACUAAGUGAUAGCGCGUCCAAUCGAUAACGUAUGACGCUCGAAACCCGCUACGAGUAUAUAAAGGUAUGAAAUCCUCCAAGGGAGGGGGACAUCUCCUCUCUCCUCGCUUUAUACUUUUCACUAUCUCUCUACACCUUAUCUCUCUACUUUAUUCUCUCAACUCUCUCCUGAAACUUAAAACUAACUUGAUUGUCGGAGCUUAAUCCAGGUGGUGGUGGGGGGGGGGGGGGGCAUCCCCGGCUCUUUCACAGGUUCUUCUCUCCCGACGAGAUCAGACGAACGGAUCGUGAGUCAACCCCACACCAACAAAUAUAAUUGUUCAUACUGGAGCUAGAUGGUACAAACAAUUGGCGCCCACCGUGGGGCGUGAUUUCACAUUCGUUUCUUCGAUUUCUAGAGGGAGGGAUUGCUGUGAUCGGAAGCUCACAAAAGCUUCGUCGGAAGGAAGAGAAGAAGCAACUCCGGUUGGAGAAAUCAGAAAACAAAGAAAAAGAAGAAGAAAAAAAAAGCAAGGUUCGUAAAAGGAUUUGGAGGAGCAUCAAAGCUUGUAUCAAAAUCCCCCAAGAAUAGGAGAAGCAGCAGAGCAAUUCAGAUCUUCGGCGACUGUGCCCCUGCGCUGGACCUUCGGCGAAGAGAAACUCACAUCUAUUCUCAAAAGCAAGAGCUGAUGUCGCCGAAGAACAAGAAAAGCAAAAAAGCAAUCCAGAUUCCGGUAAUUUUACUCCCGACAUCGAGCAUCCGGCGAGGGAGAAACCUUACCGUCAUGUAGCUGUCAUGUCGACAUCGUCCUUCUCCCACUUGCGUAGCUCCUGUAGUCGAGCAGUAUGAAAAGACAAAGGAAGCUGCUCUCUCUUUCAGAAGGUUGGGACCAGCGUGUUUAUCGAGGCAAAAUUGUGCAGUGGAUGCCAGUUUGGAGACGUUUCAGAAAAGUAGACGCUGCCACUAGACCUCUGCCAAAAUUCUCUGCGUGGUGGUGCGCUUCAAGCUUAGCGAGCUCCCCUGCCUCCGUUCACAACAAUGGCAAUGCAACCCGACGACGUAGGGAGGGAACCUAAAGCUCACUACCGUUGCAGCAGUCACGAUCCUUCGCCGAGAUUCGAAGCCCCAGUGCUUCAUCUCCCACCACGAUGUGUUCGCGCCCAAUCAACUCUCCACUACUCUCUUUCACACUACUAUUCCUCGAAGCUCUACUCACUCUCCCCUUCGCCGCCACGAUGUCGUCCAACUUCCACUUGAUACGCGGUUCCUUGGCGGCCGAGAGUAAUUAAACUCGUCCAGAUUAAGCUGACCGCGCUACCAUCCAGUCAAUUACCAUAGCCACCACCGCCAUGCAUAAAGGAAGAGUAAUCACGGCGACCGGGGAGAUUGGGCGGUUAUAAUUAAUCGAAAAAGAUUGAAUAUCAGUAUUUGAGCGAAAGAAAGAUUUCAUUGGCGUCGGUCGUCUUCUUCUCAGUCAGCUGGCGGCCCGCCUUCAAUGUCCGCUUGGGUGCGACGAGCGUCACAUGGGCCAACAAAUCCAAACUCGCGGCCGGCGCCGCUUCUGGCCCAACAGGCACGAAACUCUUCAAAAAUAAUGUCGUCGCCGCCAGUCCUUGAAACCACGCCACUCUUCCGCUAGACAAGCAUACUGACCAGUAAGUUACAACUCAAGUUGUGAUUAAUAGGUACAACGUGCUAUUUUAAAGCUCCGCUUCUUCAACAUAAAGCUAAGUACUCUAU